AUCUGAUUGGUUAAACAGCCGGUUUCCUAUCUAAAGACUACUCGGAGCGCCAUAUCCGUCUCAAAAUAACAUCAGUUUGGACGCAACAUUUGCACCAUUCAUUCAGACGUCAGUUCGUUGCAUUAAGUGCUUCCCACCGGGGCGGAGCGAUGCAGGCCCAGGAUCUGAUCCGCCACUUGAGAAUACCAGAGCUGGAUGACUUGAGGCAGUAUGUGCGCAGUUUACCCACCAACACGCUCAUGGGCAUGGGCGCCUUCGCUGCCAUCACCACCUACUGGCUGGCCACUCGUCCCAAAGCCCUCAUGCCACCAUGCGACCUCAGUUUGCAGUCGGUGGAGGUCUCGGGUGGAGAAUAUGCUCGACGGUCCAUUCUGCUGGACAGUGACACGUUCAUGGCAUAUUACUAUAAUGACGCUCGGACGAUGUACGAGUUUUUCACACGAGGAUUGAGAGUGUCUAAUAAUGGUCCUUGCCUAGGAUCACGCAAAUCAAACCAGCCAUAUAAAUGGCUCUCUUAUAAAGAAGUAGCAGACAGGGCUGAGUUUACAGGCUCAGCAUUGCUCCACAGAGGUCACAGUAAAUCCGGAGACAAAUACAUUGGCAUCUUUGCACAGAACAGACCAGAGUGGACGAUUUCAGAACUAGCGUGUUACACAUACUCUCUGGUGGCAGUUCCUCUGUAUGACACUUUGGGCACAGAGGCCAUCAGCUACAUCAUCGACAGAGCCGUCAUCUCUACGGUGAUCUGUGACAUGGCUGAUAAGGCCCGUCUCAUCCUGGGCUGUGUGUCUGGACGUCAACACAGCAUCAAAACUAUAGCGAUCAUGGAGGACUUUGACAGCGAGCUGACUGCUCAGGCACAACAGAUCGGCAUUGAAAUCCUGAGGAUGAAGGAGCUGGAGGCUAUUGGCAAAGCCAACCACAAGACACCCAUUCCUCCUAAACCAGAAGAUCUUGCUCUUAUUUGCUUUACCAGUGGAACUACAGGAAAUCCAAAGGGAGCAAUGAUCACACAUGGAAACAUUGUUUCAAACUGUUCAGCUUUCAUUAAAGUGACAGAGGUACAUUGCAUGCUUAACCAGACAGAUAUUCACAUUUCUUAUCUACCACUAGCACACAUGUUUGAGAGAGUUGUUGAGGGUGUGCUUCUGGUCCAUGGGGCCAAGAUAGGAUAUUUUCAGGGUGAUAUUCGUCUGCUCAUGGAUGAUUUGAAGGCUCUUAAACCCACUGUGUUUCCUGUAGUACCCAGACUACUCAACCGUAUGUUUGAUAAGAUCUUUGGACAGGCUAAUACUCCGCUCAAAAGAUGGAUGCUGGAUUUUGCCACCAGCAGGAAAGAGGCAGAGUUGAGGAGUGGAGUUGUGAGGAAGGACAGCAUGUGGGACAAGCUCAUCUUUAGUAAAGUGCAGGCCAGUCUUGGUGGGCGUGUGAGGUUGAUGGUCACAGGAGCUGCUCCAGUAUCUCCCACUGUUCUCACCUUCCUGCGAGCAGCACUGGGCUGUCAGUUUUAUGAAGGUUACGGGCAGACAGAGUGUACUGCCGGCUGCACUAUGUCACUUCCUGGAGACUGGACAGCAGGUCACGUGGGGGCGCCGCUGCCCUGUAACUUCGUAAAGCUUGUGGAUGUGGCUGAAAUGAAAUAUUUUGCAGUAAAUGGAGAGGGAGAGGUGUGUGUGAAAGGACCAAAUGUGUUUCAGGGUUACCUGAAUGACCCAGAGAGAACAGCAGAGGUCAUAAAUAAAGAUGGUUGGCUGCACACUGGAGACAUUGGAAAAUGGCUUCCAAAUGGGACUCUAAAGAUUGUCGACAGGAAGAAGCAUAUCUUUAAACUUGCUCAGGGUGAAUACAUCGCUCCAGAAAAGAUUGAGAACAUCUACACCCGCAGUGAUCCUGUGGCACAGAUAUUUAUACAUGGAGACAGUCUACAGGCGUGUCUAGUGGGUAUUGUGGUACCUGAUCCAGACUUCCUGCCAGGAUGGGCAAAGAAAAGAGGAAUUGAGGGCUCCUAUACAGAAAUGUGCAAGAACAAGGAAUUAAAAAAUGCCAUUCUAGAAGAUAUCGUUCGACUUGGGAAAGAAGCUGGACUAAAAUCUUUUGAACAGGUGAGAGACAUUACUCUGCACCCAGAGAUGUUUUCUGUUCAGAAUGGACUUCUCACACCAACACUGAAAGCCAAGAGAGCUGAGCUGAGGAGACACUUCAGGGAUCAGAUCGACCAGCUCUACGCCAAAAUCAAAAUGUAAAUGAAAGAGAUUACUCCGUCGACACUGAAAGCAAGAGACACACCUGGAACACUCCUGAACUUGCACGCUUGUUGGCGUAUGGGGACAGCGUUGUUCAUUAUAAACACUGUUGAUGUACUCUUGGACUCCAUGAAGUUAAAGUUGUCAAGUACAAAUGUGAUUUUCACCACUUGGGGGCGCCAAAGGUGUCUUAUAAAAUGUGCCGGACAUUUCAUGAACCCUUCAGUUUAUCUGGGCUGAGAAUUCACAAAAUGAUGACAAACCCAAUGCCUUAGGCCAGUGAAUGCCUUGUGUUUAAUAACCAUAUCCAGAACACACCCUAAAGUCUGUUUUUAGUCUACUAUGGUUAUGUAAAACAAAAUGACACACCGAGUUACCUUUUAUAGCAAAGUGCUUACAAGAUUGAAAAAUAAUUUGCAGAUGUUUUAACCAAUUUGAAAUGUAAAGGUAUUAUUACUGAAUCCAUGUUUUUAAAACUGGACUGAUUCAAACAUGCCCUACGGUAAUGUUUUUAUUACCUCAGAACGAGCUAUUUCUCUCUAAAUACACCACGGGUCCCUUUGCAUGGGAUUCCCCAAACUGAUUUUGACAGAAAUAACAUUAUGUAUUUUUUCUGUAAUUUAUGACGGUACAAUCAGAUAGCACUUUGAAAUCUUGGUACAGCUGUGCCAUUGUCCUAGAGAGUAAAGCGUGUUCAUAAGUCAUCUGUUUAUGUUUUUAAAUUCUUUAUUGUAUUCUAGGUUGUAACGUAAACUGUGAAAAAGGUUCUUUGUAGCAUGUGGGUGUUUAAGAAAUUAAAAUAAAGGCUUGACUUUU